UCCUCCCAAACGCUACAAAGCAUUUAGCUUCUCCCCUAAGCGAGAACUCUCUCAACUGACAACAAUAAAAUCGUUCGUUUGAUAAAUCUGCUGCAACAACUACAACAACAACAAAGCCUCCAAACAUUUUUUUUUCUCUCUUAAUAAACAUAUUUCUCUUUGCUAGGGUUAGUUGUUGUUGUUGUAGUAGUUGUAGACUCGUUUUAGUGAUCAGAAAUGGGGCAGCAGUCGUUGAUCUACAGCUUCGUGGCUCGUGGAACCGUCAUACUAGCAGAGUACACCGAGUUCACCGGAAACUUUACGAGCAUAGCAGCACAGUGUCUCCAGAAACUUCCUGCUAGUAACAAGAAGUUCACUUACAACUGCGAUGGCCAUACUUUUAACUACCUCGUUGAUGACGGCUUCACAUACUGUGUGGUUGCUGUUGAAUCUGUUGGCCGACAGCUUCCAAUUGCCUUCCUUGAGCGAGUAAAAGAGGAUUUUACCAAGAAAUAUGGUGGAGGAAAAGCUGCGAUGGCAGUUGCUAACAGCUUGAACAGGGAGUUUGGGCCCAAGUUGAAGGAGCAGAUGCAAUAUUGUGUUGAUCAUCCGGAGGAGAUCAGCAAGCUGUCUAAAGUGAAGGCUCAGGUUUCAGAAGUGAAAGGUGUUAUGAUGGAAAACAUUGAGAAGGUUCUUGACCGUGGAGAGAAAAUUGAGCUUCUGGUGGAUAAGACAGAGAAUCUUCGCUCACAGGCACAGGAUUUCAGGCAGCAGGGAACGAAGAUGAGAAGGAAGAUGUGGUUGCAAAACAUGAAGAUAAAACUGAUAGUUCUGGGAAUCAUAAUUGCCUUGAUUCUCAUCGUAGUAUUGUCCAUUUGUGGUGGCUUCAAAUGUUGAUGUUUACCUUACU